CAAGUUCACGCGAUAGCGUAGUAUAUAAGAAUAUUGUUUUCCCAUCCUUAAACAUCAGCAAACGUUGUCAUGUACACUUGAAAACAUUUGUGUAACGAUAACAAAAUAUUAUGUGAUACGCGUAGACAUUUACGAAAGAUUUUUUUACUAUACUGACUAUUUAUUACUUACCGAAUAUAUAUUAAGUUUCAUAAAAUAAAAGUAUUACAAUGUUAAACCAACAAUGUGCAAUUUUGACUGUCAUUGACUCAUAUAUUGAGCCACUUUUAAUCCAUGUGUUAUCGACUGAUAAACUUGGAGUUUGCUGCAAAACAAUUGAGAUAGAUUCUAUGUCAUCCAGUUGUGGGAAAGUACAAGGAGAUCGUUUUAAAUUAUCUAUACCUUAUGCUAAACAAAAUUUAACUUGGAAUGUACUGUUUGAUUCGCAAUGUCCUGAAAUGGGACCUGAUUUCAUAUUUAAUGACAAUACAUUCCUAGCAGAUAUGGAUGUGGAUGCAUUAUCUGCUAAAGUACCUAGUCUUGCUAAAUGGAAUCCUAAUGAUGAAAAUGCAUUAUUGAAUGUUCUUAGAGAACUUUUAUCGUGCUACAAACAACAUCAGGUACAAUUACUUCAGAAGCAAGCUAGAUUACAAUUAGAAUAUAAUAUGCUAAUGAAUUCAGGAGAAGUCAAAACAGAAGAUGUUGAAGUAAUAUUGUUACCAUUCAGUUCUAAACCAACAGAAGCUAGAUUUUUAAUAAGUUUAUCAGUGGAUGUUUCACAGUUAGAAAUUCGUACUUGUAAAUCAGAAAGUGACAUUGCAAUGCUUCUUGUAACAUUUUCUGGAACAGAUUGGAGUCGUAUUACUCCACAACUAUAUUUUUCAAAAUCUUUAGAAGAGUCUCUUAGUGAAACAGGUGAAUUACAUUUACCACAUUUUCCAUCUGACACAUAUCUACUACGAUAUAUACCAAAAGUAAAAAAAUAUAUUGCAGGAAAGGUAAACUCAGUUGUCCAAAGCUUAAAGAGAAGAAGAGAUUAUAUAGCAGCAUGUUCAUUUAUCCACCAUAAAUGUCUUUUAGAAUAUGACACUAUAAACUGUAAAUAUGUGACAUUUUUAGUAUGUGUAGAUGACUUUUAUGCAUGUGUGCACAUUCAAUUUCCAUUUGGAUUUCCUCAAGAACCACCUAUAGUUGAAUUACGCUCAAUAUAUCACUUGAUUGAACAUACUACCUACAGCGAAAGAAUAAAAUAUCCUUAUAAUGUUUCAUGGCCGCCACAACUUAUGGUAAAACGGUUGUGUCACACCAUUUACUCGUAUUUAGAAACAUUUAAAUUCAAUUCUAUCAAAAAUUGUUCAGGAAAUCAAAGUUAGUUUAUUGCAUAAUUUAAAUUAUUUUAGUUACUUGUUACAUUAACAUAAAUCUCUCUUUGUA